AUGCAUAUUCGAGACUUCAUUGAGAUCUGUGACACUUUCAAGUUUAAUGGUGUUACGGAAGAUGCCAUUAAAUUGAGGCUGUUCCCGUUUUCUCUGAGGGAUAAAGCUAAGGGAUGGUUGCAUUCUCUUCCUGCAGGAUCUAUUACGACAUGGGAGGAUCUGGCUCAGAAGUUUCUUACUAAGUUUUUCCCUAUGGCCAAAACAGCUGCAAUGAGGAAUGCUAUCACUCAAUUCUCUCAGUUAUCUGGUGAAACUCUUUGUGAAGCAUGGGAACGCUACAAGGAGAUGCUUCGAAAGUGCCCACAUCAUGGGAUGCCUGACUGGAUGGUUAUCAAUUGCUUCUAUAAUGGCUUGGGUCCUCAAACGAGACCAAUGUUAGAUGCAGCAUCAGGUGGAGCUUUGUGGGCUAAGAACUAUGAUGAGGCUUAUGAGUUGAUCGAGAUGAUGGCUGCGAAUGAAUAUCAGAAUCCUAGUCAGCGUCUUCAUCAGGGCAAAGCAGCAGGAAUUCUAGAUGUUGAUGCUACUACCGCUUUGACUGCUCAGCUUAAGGCUCUUACUAUGAAGGUGGAUUCUUUGGCAAAUUUGGGAAAUCAGCAGCCACCUUCAGUUUGCGAGCUUUGUGCUAGUGCACAUUCUUCUGAUCAGUGUGCUAUAUCUAGUGAAUCCGCGCAGUUUAUUGCUAACGCGUUGAUAAACAGACCACAAGGAACUCUUCCUAGUGAUACCGAGGCCAAUCCGGGUAGGAAAGAGGUGAAGGAACAGGUACAGGCUAUCACCUUGAGGUCUGGAAAGGUAACCAAGGAAAAAGAUUCAGCAACAGAGCGAAACAAGGAAGAGAGUGAUCAACAUGUUGAAACACCCAUGCCCUCAUCUGAGUCUAAUAGUGGAAAAACUGUUGUUGAAGCUGACAAGGAUGAAAUCAACGAGGAAGCAAGCAAGGAACCAACCGAAAAGUCUAGUCCAAAAGCUGAUAUUGGGGUCAAGCAAGUGUAUCCACCUCCCCCUUUUCCGAAGAGACUUCAGAAGCAUAAGCUUGACAAACAAUUCGCUAAAUUUCUAGAGGUUUUCAAGAAAUUGCAAAUCAAUAUACCUUUUGCGGAAGCUCUAAAACAGAUGCCGAGCUAUGCUAAGUUCAUGAAAGGUAUUCUAUCUCGGAAGCUGAAGCUUGAGGACUUGGAUACCGUUGCUCUAACGGAAGAGUGCAGUGCGGUGCUGCAACAGAAAUUGCCUCCAAAACUUAAAGAUCCCGGAAGUUUCACAAUACCAUGUACUAUUGGCAAGUUAUCUUUCGACAAGUGUUUGUGUGAUCUGGGAGCUAGUAUCAAUCUGAUGCCGUUGUCUGUCUUCAAGAAACUUGGGCUGCCGGAGCCGAAACCUACGAACAUGUCAUUACAACUAGCUGAUCGGUCCAUCACUUACCCACGAGGUAUAGUGGAGGAUGUCUUGGUUAAGGUGGAUAAGCUCAUAUUUCCUGCUGAUUUUGUCAUUCUAGACUUCGAGGAGGAUAAGCAGAUUCCCAUUAUCUUGGGGAGGCUGUUCUUAGCUACAGGCCAAACUUUGAUCGAUGUGCAAAAAGGAGAGCUUACAAUGAGAGUUCAAGAUCAGAGUGUCACUUUUAAGGUGUUCAACGCAAUGAAAUUUCCAACCGACGAAGAAGAAUGCUUUAAGGUGGAGCCACUAGAAGCUGUUGAAAAUUCUGAGACGGGGCAAAAGCUAAGGCCAAGUACCUUUGAGAGAGUCUUAACAGGGGAUUCUGAUUUCGAAGAUGAAGGAGUAGCAGAGCUUGAAAAUUCUCAAGAGCAUCGUAAUCCAUUUAUUGAAGAAGCUCCCGAACUCGAACUCAAACUACCUCCAGAUCUCUUAAGUGAUGUGCAGUUUAGAAGGUUGUCACGGCGCAUAGAUGACAUGCAUGACAUUCACCACUAUUUUGCAAAGGAUUUUACUAAGGCUCUUGGGAGUGCUUUUCGAGCUAUUGGUGUUGAGGUUGAUUGGCCAGUGUUUGGAGAUGGCAUGGUAUAUUCACCACCUGAUCCUCCACCCGAGGAGGGUGUUCCUCCGGACAUCUAG